GACGUCGUUUCCUCUCUCCAACAUGGCGCAGGAGGCAGGUCGUUAAUGGCAAUCUGAGGGAUUUACCCCACCUUCCGUGUUUACUUAUGUUCGUCUGACAGGGGCUCUGCGGCUGACAUUUGUGAAGGAAUACAUCUCCAUUCGAGGCGGCUGCAGACCCCCUCCCAAUCCCCCCCCCGUCCCCAUCCCAUCCCCACCCCCCUUUUUGGGACCGGGCAACACCUCGCUCCAGAUUGCGGUGCGACAUGUUUGAGGGCAAAAAGACGAAAAACAUGUUCCUCACACGAGCUUUGGAAAAGAUCCUGGCCGACAAGGAGGUGAAGAAGGCGCACCACUCACAACUGCGCAAAGCCUGCGAGGUGGCACUGGAGGAAAUAAAAGAGGAAUCAGAAAAAUUAAGUCCACCCAGCGGAGACGGCAAAUCAGGAUCCAGCACUUUACCGCCAAUCAAAUCAAAGACCAACUUCAUUGAAGCCGACAAGUACUUCUUGCCGUUUGAGCUGGCAUGUCAGUCCAAAUGUCCCCGCAUCGUCAUCACGUCGCUCGACUGUUUACAGAAGCUGAUAGCAUAUGGCCACCUGACAGGCAGCGCCCCGGACAACACAGCCCCGGGCAAGAAACUCAUCGACAGGAUCAUCGAGACCAUCUGUGCUUGUUUCCAAGGACCGCAGACUGAUGAGGGCGUACAGCUACAGAUCAUUAAGGCUCUGUUGACGGCAGUGACCUCUCAGCACAUAGAAAUCCACGAAGGUACCGUUCUGCAGGCCGUGCGCACCUGCUACAACAUCUACCUGGCCAGCAAGAACCUCAUCAACCAGACCACGGCCAAGGCCACGCUCACGCAGAUGCUCAACGUCAUCUUCGCGCGCAUGGAGAAUCAAGCACUUACAAAUCACAAGCUAUCUUGGUCUCUGGCCUCCAGAAAGCGUGACCGCCAGCUGCAGGAAGCGAAGCAGCUGGAAAGAGAGCGGCACCGGCAGCACUCCCCGGUCGCCCAGCACACCGAGCCAGACUCCCCCCAGCUCCAGGCCCACGCGCACCCGCCGGCCAAGGGCCCGACCCAGGAGGCCAACGGGCCCGUCAGCCCCGCGACCCCCAGCGUCACCAACCCCUCCACCCCGUCCACCCCGUCCACGCCGGCGCCCGAGUGCGGCGGCAGGUCCGUGUCCGGGGAGGAGCAAAGGGAGCAGGGCCCGGCCUACGAGAGCCCGGACCCGGAGAACGGUUCGGCCUUCUGCGCGGCGGAGAACGAGCAGACCGAGGCGGACCAAGCCACGGCAGCAGCUCAGAAUGCAGCGUCCCAGCCGCAUGCAGCGGCAGGCGAGGGUGAGGAACAGGGCGCCCCAAACUACGAGGAGAAAGCCCAGGAAAUAGUCCAGAGUAUACUACAGGAGGUGGUCAAUACUGUUGCAGGAGGUCACUGCCUGGACCCGGCGAACCUCUGCUCUGACACUAAGGAGGCCGGCGGCGAGGGCGAGCCGGCCGAGCCAGAGCCUGAGCCAGAGCCAGAGCCGGAGCCGGCCGAAGCGGUGACGGAGGGCACCCAGGGCUCACUGGAGGACGAGGGCACCCUGGGGAGCGACAGCGAGCACGUCCACGCCAACGGCAUUCCCGGCACGCCCAUUUCCGCCAGCUUCACCCCCUCGCUGCCCGACGACAGGCUGUCCGUCUCAUCCACUGACACUCAGGAAUCCGGAGCAACACCGGGCCAGCCACCCGGUGCUAAAUUCUCCCACAUCCUCCAGAAAGAUGCCUUUCUUGUCUUUCGCUCGCUCUGCAAGUUGUCCAUGAAGCCGCUGUCAGACGGGCCACCUGAUCCCAAAUCCCACGAGCUGCGAUCGAAGGUCUUGUCCCUCCAGCUGCUGCUGUCCAUCCUACAGAACGCCGGGCCCAUUUUCAAGACCAACGAGAUGUUCAUCAACGCCAUCAAGCAAUAUCUGUGCGUGGCCCUGUCCAAGAACGGAGUCUCCUCUGUGCCUGAGGUCUUUGAACUCUCCCUCUCCAUUUUCCUCACUCUGCUGUCCCACUUCAAGACGCACCUCAAGAUGCAGAUCGAGGUGUUCUUCAAAGAGAUCUUCCUGUACAUCCUUGAGACGUCCACGAGCUCCUACGACCACAAGUGGAUGGUCAUACAAACCCUCACUAGAAUAUGUGCAGAUGCCCAGAGUGUGGUGGACAUCUACGUGAACUACGAUUGUGACUUGAAUGCUGCUAACAUAUUCGAACGGCUUGUCAACGACCUCUCGAAAAUCGCCCAGGGACGCGGAGGUCAUGAGCUCGGCACAACACCACUACAGGAGCUGACCCUGAGAAAGAAAGGCCUCGAAUGCCUGGUGUCCAUCCUGAAAUGUAUGGUGGAAUGGAGUAAAGAUCAAUAUGUCAACCCCAAUUCCCAGACCAGCCUCGGCCAAGAGAAACCAUCGGAGCAGGAGAGCACGGAGACCAAGGCCCCGGAGACCAUAAACCGCUAUGGCAGCAUUAACUCACUGGACUCCACAGCCUCGUCCGGGAUCGGAAGCUACAGCACACAGAUGUCAGGCACCGACAACCCCGAGCAGUUCGAGGUCCUCAAACAGCAAAAGGAGAUCAUCGAGCAGGGCAUCGAUCUGUUCAACAAGAAACCAAAGAGAGGAAUCCAGUACCUUCAAGAGCAAGGCAUGCUGGGUACGACCCCGGAGGACCUCGCUCAGUUCUUGCACCAGGAGGAGAGGCUUGAUUCGACUCAAGUGGGAGAAUUCCUUGGAGAUAAUGACCGUUUCAAUAAAGAAGUGAUGUACGCCUACGUGGAUCAGAUGGACUUCCAGGGCAAGGACUUCGUCUCCGCACUACGGAUGUUCCUGGAGGGCUUUCGUCUUCCCGGGGAGGCCCAGAAGAUUGACCGGCUCAUGGAGAAAUUUGCCGCGAGAUAUCUCGAAUGCAAUCAGGGGCAAACGCUCUUCGCCAGUGCCGACACUGCGUACGUCCUCGCCUACUCCAUCAUUAUGCUGACGACAGACCUCCACAGUCCGCAGGUGAAGAAUAAAAUGACAAAAGAGCAAUACAUCAAGAUGAACCGGGGCAUCAACGACAGCAAAGACCUGCCGGAGGAGUAUCUCUCGGCCAUCUACGACGAGAUUGCGGGGAAGAAGAUUGCUAUGAAGGAGACGAAGGAGCUCACCAUGAAAUCCAACAAGCAGAGUGUGGCCAGUGAGAAGCAGAGGCGCCUGCUGUACAAUGUGGAGAUGGAGCAGAUGGCCAAGACGGCCAAAGCCCUGAUGGAGGCCGUGAGUCACGUCCAGGCUCCCUUCACCAGUGCCACACAUCUGGAGCACGUGAGGCCCAUGUUCAAGCUGGCGUGGACGCCCUUCCUGGCUGCUUUCAGCGUGGGCCUCCAGGACUGCGACGACACCGAGGUGGCCUCGCUGUGUCUCGAAGGAAUCCGCUGUGCCAUCAGGAUAGCGUGCAUCUUCUCCAUACAGCUGGAGAGGGAUGCGUACGUGCAGGCGCUGGCGCGGUUCACUCUGCUGACGGCCAGCUCCGGCAUCGCGGAAAUGAAGCAGAAGAACAUCGACACCAUCAAGACCCUCAUCACUGUGGCCCACACGGACGGCAACUACCUGGGCAACUCCUGGCAUGAGAUCAUGAAGUGCAUUAGUCAGUUGGAGCUGGCUCAGCUGAUCGGUACGGGGGUCAAGGCGCGCUACAUCUCAGGGACGGUGCGGGGCAAGGAGGGCUUCAUCACAAGCACGAAGGAGCAGAGCAACGACGAGUACCUGGGCCUAGUCGGAGGGACGGUGGACCGGAAGCAGAUCGCCAGCAUUCAAGAGUCGAUCGGAGAGACCAGCUCUCAGAGUGUGGUGGUGGCCGUGGACAGAAUAUUCACAGGUUCUACCAGACUGGAUGGCAACGCAAUAGUUGAUUUCGUGCGCUGGCUGUGCGCCGUGUCCAUGGAUGAGCUGGCCUCGCCCACGCACCCACGUAUGUUCAGCCUGCAGAAAAUAGUUGAGAUCUCCUAUUACAACAUGGGUCGCAUCAGGCUGCAGUGGUCCAGGAUCUGGGAGGUUAUCGGGGACCACUUCAACAAGGUUGGCUGCAGCACCAACGAAGACGUGGCCAUCUUCGCGGUGGAUUCCCUCAGGCAGCUGUCCAUGAAGUUUUUGGAAAAAGGCGAGCUGGCGAACUUCAGGUUCCAGAAGGACUUUCUGAGGCCUUUUGAGCAUAUCAUGAAAAAGAACAGAUCCCCCACCAUUAGAGACAUGGUGGUGCGCUGCAUAGCCCAGAUGGUUAACUCCCAGGCGGCGAACAUCCGUUCAGGAUGGAAGAACAUCUUCUCCGUCUUCCACUUGGCCGCCUCCGACCAGGAUGAGAGCAUCGUGGAGCUGGCCUUCCAGACCACGGGCCACAUCGUCACGAAUGUAUUUGAGAAGCACUUUGCGGCCACAAUCGACUCCUUCCAGGACGCCGUCAAGUGUCUGUCGGAGUUCGCCUGCAACGCCUCUUUCCCGGACACCAGCAUGGAAGCCAUCCGCCUCAUCCGACACUGCGCCAAAUACGUCUCCGAGAGACCGCAGGCGUUCAAAGAUUACACCAGUGAUGACAUGAAUGUAGCGCCCGAGGACCGCGUGUGGGUGCGAGGUUGGUUCCCCAUCCUCUUCGAGCUCUCCUGCAUCAUCAACAGGUGCAAAUUGGAUGUCAGGACCAGGGGCCUGACGGUGAUGUUCGAGGUGAUGAAGACCUACGGGCACACCUUUGAAAAGCACUGGUGGCAAGACCUUUUCAGAAUCGUCUUCAGGAUCUUUGACAACAUGAAGUUGCCUGAGCAACAGACUGAGAAAGCAGAGUGGAUGACCACGACCUGCAACCAUGCACUUUACGCCAUCUGUGACGUCUUCACCCAGUACUUCGAGUCCCUCAGCGGCGUCCUGUUGGACGACAUCCUGGCUCAGCUGUACUGGUGUGUGCAGCAAGAUAAUGAGCAGCUUGCCCGUUCAGGCACCAACUGUCUGGAGAACGUGGUCAUCUUGAACGGAGAGAAGUUCUCUCCAGAGACCUGGGACAAGACGUGUAACUGCAUGCUGGACAUCUUCAAGACCACGAUCCCCCACUCGCUGUUGACGUGGAGACCAGCAGGUAUGGAGGGAGAACACAUGACAACGCAGAGCCUGGCGGACAAACAGCUGGACUCGGUUUCCCAGAAGUCUGUGGACAUUCAGUCCCGAUCCGAUGACCAGCACUCCGUCAGCAGUGCCGACAGGUCGGCUCUGGAGAACCGUCGUCAGAGUCAGUACAGCUCGGCCUCGGGCGCGCUGGAGGACGGCUCCAGGAGCAGGACCCCUACAAAGGUCCUGGAGCAGCGCUUAUUCACCGCUUUGCUCAUCAAGUGCGUGGUGCAGCUGGAGCUGAUCCAGACCAUCGACAACAUCGUGUUUUUUCCCGCCACCAGUAAGAAGGAAGAUGCAGAGAACUUCGCUGCUGCUCAGCGGGACGUCGUGACUGCAGCAGAUGUCCCGGUGGAGACCCAGGACCAGGGCAUGUAUCGCUACCUGACCUCGGAGCAGCUGUUUAAGCUGCUGGACUGUCUGCUGGAGUCUCACCGCUUCGCCAAGGCUUUCAACUCCAACAACGAGCAGAGGACCUUACUGUGGAAAGCAGGUUUUAAAGGAAAGUCGAAGCCCAACCUGUUGAAGCAGGAGACCAGCAGCCUGGCGUGUGGGCUGCGCAUCCUGUUUCGCAUGUACAUGGACGAGAGCCGCCAGGACGCCUGGGAGGAGGUCCAGAGACGACUGCUCAACGUGUGCAGCGAGGCCGUCGCGUACUUCUUGGCUCUGAACUCAGAGAGCCACAGAGAAGCCUGGACCAACCUGCUGCUGCUGUUCCUCACCAAGGUGCUAAAGAUCAGCGAUGAAAGGUUCAAGGCUCACGCCUCCAGGUACUACCCCCUCCUGUGUGAGAUCAUGCAGUUCGACCUGAUCCCAGAGCUCCGAGCCGUUCUACGAAAGUUCUACCUGCGCAUCGGCCUCGUGUUCCACAUCGCGCAGCUGCCCGAGCCCGAGCCUGAGCCGGAGCCUCAGCCGGCGCGCGCCGAGCCGGAGACGGACACGGAGGUCGGGGAGGAGGCCGGCGAGGAGGCCCAGUGAUGGUGCACCGCGACCGGACUGUGCUGUGACUCUGUGCCGCCUCAGGAUCCUUCCUUCCUUCCUUCCUUUCUCCCUUUGUGUUUUAAGCCAAACACUCGACUUAAAUGGCUGAUUCAUCGAUCGGCCUGUCUGUUAUCACCCACCCGCACCCUUAACCCCCCCGUCGACACACAAACACCGACACAACUACAGCCCAGGCGGAGAACUAGCGAUCACGAUAAAAAAACAGUAACGUCUCGUACCAAGGUGUAGCGAUGCCUCUACUGGAUAAAACUACUGAUAAACAACUGACAGUUUCCCAUAUCUCUGAUCUCCUCAGAAGGAGUAGGUUUCAAAACAAAAAAAAAAAAAAAUGUGUGCUUCUUACUGUAUAUUUAAAAAAAAAAGAAAAAAGUAAUGAAUGAAUGGAUCCAGCAACAUGCAAAAAGACAUUCAGCAACUAUGAAAUGUGACACUGGUCACACACUGAUAGUAAUGCUCUUUCUGUCUGCGCCGCAGAUGGCUAACAUUAGUAUUGAUAGCCUCUUGGAUGAAACUAGUUGUACAGAUCUGCCGCUAUGUAAUAUAAUCUUAUAACACUAGAUUUCAUUUAUUUUUCUUUAUUGUUUUUUUUUUUUUUUUCCUUCUCUGGAUUUGCUGCACUUGAUCUCUUUUUUGAAUGCACUGGAGAUUUUACUUUUGUGAUAAUUUAUUGGACCGUACCAUCCUCCCGCAGAUUGUCCCCACGCAGUACGAUUUGUAAUUAAAACAGCGCCGCGGAACGUGAAGGGUUAAAUUAUUCCAUUUUAUAUGUUGUUAGGUUUUUAACGGAGGUAGGCGAUAACUGGGCUUCUGGAACUGGAAGACGAGAGAGCAAACCGAUGCUAGCUGCUUUAGAGUCACUAGUCUGUUUUUUUUUUCUUCUUUUUCUUUUUUGAUUUCAUGUGAGUUUAGUUUUCACUUGUGUACAAAAUCAAAAGUUAAUAAUAUAUUUAAUGUUUUCGGUUUUUUCUUUGAUUUUUUUUGGGGAAAGUGGACAUGUAUAGAGAAAAUGACAAAUGUUAGCUGUGCUUUAAGUAUGAAUGGGAUGCAUUCCUGCUCAUGGAUGUAGAAAACAAAAUGUAUAUGAUGCAGCAAUGUAAAGUUUUCUAUGUUGCAAAAGAUUAUGUACAACUUUCUGUACAAUACAUCAUCUGGCAUUCUAAUCAGGUUCUAGGUCAAUAAAGUUUUUGAACUUGGA